AUCACAAAGCUCCCUCUUGUGGUGAAAACUCGCUUCUGGAAAAACUACUAACUUGAGGAACUACAAGUACCAGCGCGCCAUUCGUGCUGUCGGGAUGCCAUAGCAACGAGCCACGCGCAGCACCUCACUCACGAAUCUAGACUAAAACAGCGUUCAGCACAAUAAUGACACGUUUAUUAAACAUUAAACACGUUUUAUUAAAAGUUUGAACUAUCAGUAAAGACGAAAGAAAUGUCUUUGAAAACUGAACCGGUGGAGAACAGCAAGUUUCCGUGGUAUAAGGAAAGACUGCAGACCAAAUAUCUUCAGGAUCUUCGCAAAAAGCAACAACUCUCUGGUGCAUUAGAUGGUCGAAGGUGGCGUUUUCUCUCUCCUGGACUGAAUGAUUUUAGGGAUGGUUACCCCACUGUCCAUAAAGAGUUGUUCACCCGGUGUGAAUCCGGACCUGCCCCUGCAGUCUUCGGUAUGCCAAAGCACCUUUGUUCAGUGAAGUUGACGCCAAAGAGGUUAAGUAAAGAUCAGGCAUGUUUCUCAAAGCUGAAUCCACAGAGUCAAACCCAACGUGGGUUCAUUGAUGCUGUAGAGCACAGACUAAAACAACAUCCUUUGGCUCUUUAUCCACACUUGGAGAGCGGUAUGACAUCAAAGUUAUUUGACCAGGUGUUGUCAGUCCUGGAUCCUGAUAUGAGUGUGAACAAAGAAUUGGCCACAACCUCUCCAAAAAAUGAAGACAGCGGACCACAGUGUGAAAUCUCACCUUCAGUAUCCGUCAAAGAGAAGCCUUUCAUCACUGCAAUACCUCGAAAGGAGAAAUGUGAAAAUGUCACUACAAUAAAUCCCUAUAAAUGGAGGAGACCUAAAGAGAUUAAUCUCAAAGAUCAGAUGACCAUUGGUAAAAACCUGCAAGAAGAUGAAAAGCUGAAGAUUGCCAGGCGCUUUUGUGAAUGGAUAAAUACCCUGGGUGGAGACACCAGUGAUUUGACAGAGUCAGACAUUCUGGACCUGUUUAAAAGUGACUAUGAGAAGACGCUCCGAUUGACCCCUGUUAAAAUGACAGACUGUAAUAAAACCCCAGCAAUAAUCUACAGGUCUGCAGACUUAACUACUGACACAUUGAAAUUGAGAAAGGCCUAUGAAUCAAACAGACCUAAUGCUCCCAAAACAUGCAAGAAGAAGACUGAUAAUGAGACUUGGAGAACCCCGUCAGAUAUCACGCAUAGUCUGGACUUGGAAGUAUUGUUGAGUGAGCAGGAUAAGGAGCUGAAGCAAAGUUAUGGCAUCCAGGCGUUCAGGCAGUACAUUAUCAACAAGGGAGUUGAAAUGCCGAGGUUUCUCAGCGUUCUGUUUUCUGAAGAGGAACAGAAGAACAGAAUCAGAUCUUCAAAUUCAGCUGGUUCCACAUUCACAUCUAAAGGCAGAGCCCAGCAGAAAUCUACUUACUAAUAAUAAUAAUAUAAAUCCUCUG